AUGAUGGUCAAGGCGAAGUCUCAGGGCCUCGUGUCCGAUUUGAUGCCAAAUCUGAUGCUGCUGCGGGUGUUUGGCCAUUUCAUGUUCAACUAUGUACCAGACGAUGGCAGCAUGUCAAUGCUUUUGCGCAAAAUCUAUGCCAGCAUGCAUGCGUUUCUCAUUUUCAUACAAUUUGUAUGCAUGGGCAUCAAUAUGGCAAAAUACUCGGACGAGGUUAACGAACUCACGGCCAAUACGAUUACUGUUCUGUUCUUUACGCAUUCCUUGAUCAAGUUGGUUUUCUUCGCUCUUAACUCAAAGAGUUUUUACAGGACCUUGGCGGUGUGGAAUCAAUCGAACAGUCAUCCGCUCUUCACAGAGUCUGACGCUCGGUACCAUCAACUCGCACUUACCAAGAACAGGAGACUCCUAUACUUUAUCUUUGGGAUGACAGUAUUUUCUGUUGUGUGUUGGGUGACAAUAACUUUCUUCGGAGAAUCAGUGUACAUGAUCAUGGAUAAAGAGACGAAUGAGACAUUUACGGAACCAGCUCCAAGGCUCCCAUUGAAGGCUUGGUACCCAUUCAACGCUAUGAGUGGCACCUUUUAUAUUGUGGCAUUUGCUUUUCAGGUCUACUGGUUGCUAUUCGCUAUGGCAAUAGCAAAUCUGUUGGACGUGCUAUUCUGCUCGUGGCUCGUCUUCGCCUGCGAGCAACUUCAGCAUCUGAAAGCAAUUAUGAAACCGCUUAUGGAGCUGAGCGCUGCUUUGGACACCUAUAGACCAAAUACUGCUGAGCUAUUCAGGGCUUCAUCUACAGAAAAAUCCGAAAAAGUCCCAGAACCAAUCGACCUCGACAUCCGUGGCAUAUAUUCAACACAGCAAGACUUUGGGAUGACACUGCGAGGAGCUGGUGGUAGACUACAGACCUUUGGAGAUCAAACACAAAAUAACCCCAACGGAUUGACUCAAAAACAGGAAAUGCUGGCCAGAUCCGCCAUUAAAUAUUGGGUGGAGAGACAUAAGCAUGUUGUCAGGCUAGUGGCGUCCAUAGGGGAUACCUAUGGUACGGCUCUAUUAUUCCACAUGCUGGUUUCUACUAUCACAUUGACGCUACUCGCUUAUCAAGCUACAAAGAUCAACGGUAUCAACGUUUAUGCAUUCAGCACAAUUGGCUACCUCGCCUACACGUUAGGACAAGUGUUUCAUUUCUGUAUCUUUGGAAACAGGCUUAUUGAAGAGAGCUCAUCAGUAAUGGAGGCAGCGUACUCCUGCCAGUGGUACGACGGGUCUGAAGAGGCGAAGACCUUCGUACAGAUCGUGUGUCAACAAUGCCAGAAGGCUAUGAGCAUUUCUGGAGCAAAGUUCUUCACUGUCUCACUGGAUUUGUUUGCUUCGGUAUUGGGAGCCGUAGUGACAUACUUCAUGGUGUUGGUACAAUUGAAAUAAAUUUCAAAUAAAAAUUAAAAUUAAAGUAUCUGUAACUUACUUUUGAAUUAAAGAACGUA